ACUUUUUAGUUAUUGCAGACUUCAACUGUCAUAGUAUUAUGGACAAAUAAAGACCAAUCAAUCACACUCCGGUUCACCGCAAGACAGCCGCAACAUUAGUGACAACAUUUCUUGGCUUCCACAUUUAAGUCGAAGGAUAAAGGGUGUAUGGCCUUGCCGUCUGGAAGGUCCGUAAAGUGACAAACUGUGAGCGAGGUCUUGAAAGUGCUGCUCGAAGCUAACGCCGAGGGCAGUAUUUUUAAGUCCGAGGUCACAGUUCUUCUCUAUACAGACCGACCCUAGUCCGGUAGAUAACUUUUAGUACUGGCCAAGACUAUGAUUAGAAUAUUUGCUUACGUAAGUUGUUUUUCACUCUCGCAACAAAUCAAGUGCAAAAACCUUGCUCGAAUCCAACACGAAAUGUUUGAAGGACAAAUAAAAGGCGAGCAAAGAACACAAAUUGCUGCAGUUAUUUUGUUUUAAAGUGUUCAAGACAAAGUAGUUGUGAACAUUUUAAGGUGCUUUGGCAACUAUUGCUCUGGCCAAUUUGGAAACAUGAAGGCGGUCUGCAAGGGCGGAUACUGUUACUGUACUGGACAGGACUACGACUAUAACACUUGCUUGCCUGAUGCUUAUGGAUGUCGAAUCGAGGUCAAUUCUGAUAAAUCCCUUGCAAAACCACGGUAUAACAAUCAGCAGCCCGGGACAAUCUACAGCUGUACACCUAAGAGCAGUUCCACACAGUACGAAGUCCACGUAAUGUCUGUGUACGAGGUUAUCAACAGACGUCCGCCAUCAGCCGGUGAUGCUACUGUCAGUAUCGUCAGCAGUGGCAAGUCAGGCCGACCUAUUAUACUCGUACUUGGAAGCUACGAACCUGUUAACUGGAUUCUUAAUUUACCAGCUGGCAUUACCAUCAGUAAAGUCAUCUUGGUGAGUGACUAAAGGGCCACAGAUUACCUGUUAACAGUUCAGUAAGGUCGUAAGGAGUAUAAAGAUGAAAAGUCUUAGUAAUUUUUAGUAAAUUAAUUGAUAGUUCAAUUAUGUUCAAGUAUUUCAUUAUGAUUUUUACUAACUAUCUAGUAGUUUAGAACGAAACUAGCGAAAGUAAUAACAAACGUUCCGCCGUCCUCAUGACAGCAUUGUCAAGUUCAAAAUUUUGACAAUAUCGAGAGCUCAGGUUUAGAGCUCAGGUUGCAUCGCCGGCUCAAGCCAGUUUAAUUUAUUGUAAUCAGGAGUCCCGCUUUUAGGCCUAGCUAAAUCUAUAUAUUAUUAUUUGGUGGGUAAAUUUGCCUUUCUGAUCACCCAGCAUAUUCAGAUCAAUACUGAGUAAUAAUGUACAUGGCUGUUUGUUAGG